AAAAUAGGCAAAUGUAUACCAUGCUAGCACAGCAGAUGGAGAGAGCAGAGCAAUCAAAAUUUAUAAAACUUCUAUUUUGGUGUUCAAAGAUCGGGAUAAGUAUGUAAGUGGAGAAUUCAGAUUUCGUCAUGGCUAUUGUAAAGGAAACCCUAGAAAAAUGGUGAAAACUUGGGCAGAAAAAGAAAUGAGGAACUUAAUCAGGCUAAACACAGCAGAGAUACCAUGUCCAGAACCAAUAAUGCUGAGAAGUCAUGUUCUUGUCAUGGGAUUCAUCGGUAAAGAUGACAUGCCUGCACCACUGUUGAAAAAUGUCCAGUUGUCAGAAUCCAAGGCUCGGGAGCUGUAUCUGCAGGUCAUUCAGUACAUGAGAAGAAUGUAUCAGGAUGCCAGGCUCGUCCAUGCAGAUCUCAGUGAAUUUAACAUGCUGUACCACAGUGGAGAUGUGUACAUCAUUGACGUUUCUCAGUCCGUAGAGCAUGACCACCCACAUGCCUUAGAGUUCUUGAGGAAAGACUGUGCCAAUGUCAAUGACUUCUUUUUAAAGCACGGUGUUGCUGUCAUGACUGUGCGGGAGCUCUUUGAGUUUGUAACAGAUCCAUCCAUCACACAUGAGAACAUGGACGCUUAUCUCUCCAAGGCCAUGGAAAUAGCAUCUCAAAGGACCAAGGAAGAAAGGUCUAGCCAAGAUCAUGUAGAUGAAGAGGUGUUUAAGCAAGCAUAUAUUCCUAGAACCCUGAAUGAAGUAAAAAAUUACGAGAGGGACAUGGAGAUGAUGAUGAAAUUGAAGGAAGAGGACCUGGCUAUGAAUGCCCAACAAGACAAUAUUCUAUAUCAAACUGUCACAGGAUUGAAGAAGGAUUUGUCGGGAGUUCAGAAGGUCCCUGCACUCCUAGAAAGUCAAGUUAAAGAAAAGACUUGUUCUGAUUCAGAAGAUGCUGGAAACUCUGAGUGUUCUGACACAGACUCUGAAGAACAGGGAGACCAUGCUUGUCCCAAGAAACACACAUCUGACCCUGACGUUGAUAAAAAGGAAAGAAAAAAGAUGGUCAAGGAAGCCCAGAGAGAGAAAAGAAAAAACAAAAUUCCUAAACAUGUGAAAAAAAGAAAGGAGAAGACAGCCAAGGCAAAAAAAGGCAAAUAGCUUGAGAACUAUUAGGUACAAUCAUUUUCCAUCAAUUACUUUUCUUACCUGAACUCUGAGCUGCAUCUGGAAGAUGGUUUAUUGAUUUUCACUGAAUUGUUAUGAUGGCACUGUCUGUGGAGACUGAUUCAAGUGUUUUCAUAUAAUUAUGUAAAAAACUCUAAGCUAGAAUCUAGAUCCAGUCGUGGAUUCUGUCUAGUAUUGACAAUAUUUAUUUAAACCGCUAUUUUAAUGAGGAACUUUGUACAUUUUACUUGUAUAUUUUUUUUCCUGCAAAUUUGUUUUUGGCAGUAUCAUAACUAAAUGUAAUGAACAUUUAUAACCUUUGUGUGAAUUUAAAGGCACUUUGGACAAACUUGGGAAAAUUGGUUUUGCUUCCUUCGUACACGCCAAAGACCCACUUGCAAUCAUCUGAUUAUAAGACCAUAGUUUAUAUAAAAAGGCAUUUACUUACAAGAGAAUUCACUUGACUGUUGAGAUCAUUAUUCACUGCAACUCUGCUCUAGUGUGUAUUGAUGAUCAUUGUCAUGCAUUUAUACUUCAUCUGCAGUGUUCUUAUUCUUGUUCUCUUAGUUCAUAAGGUAUUUUACA